AUGCAUUCCAUCAACCUCACCAUCCUCUUCUUCCUCCUUUCCCUCCUCCACCUCGCCCACGGCAACCAAACCAAGCUCUUCACCCGAGGCCCCGCCUUCACCAACUACCCCAAGCCCACCUUCAACAUCACCAGCCCAGACCUAGGCAAAUCCGGCUCCCCCAUCCCCAUCGACUACUCCGCCGACGGCGCCGGCCUCUUUCCCUCUCUAAGCUGGCGCGCCCCCGCCACCCCAAUCGAAGAAUACGUCCUCAUCAGCGAAGACCCCGACGCACCGCUGGCGGAACCCGUCGUACACGGCAUCUACUUCGGCAUCCCGCCCGUCUUCACGGGCGUCAACCACGCCGACUUUUUCGUGGACGAGUCGAAGCACGACGCGUUCCGGCUGACGGGCGGGUUCAAGUACGGCGAGAACCGCGGCGAGGGGGUGUAUCUGGCGCCGGCGCCGCUGCCGGGCCAUGGACGGCAUCGGUACUUCUUUCAGCUGGUGGCGCUUAGUGGGAGGGUGGAUCAGCGGUUGUUGAGCGAUUUGGCGACGAGGGAGGAGAUUUCUCUUUUCAACCUUCUGGUUCUCUCGCUGGUCGCGACCUCGACCGUGGCCGCCCCCGCCCAGUCGUCCAACGACCUCACCGACCAGGUCGCUGCCCACUCGGUCGACGAGAAAAAUGCCGAAAAGGCCGCCCGUCUGUUUGAAAGAUUCCGCGAUGCCGCCCGCCGCAUGGGCGAUGACAAGACCAAGUCCCCGCGGGAGGAUACCUCGCUCGAAGCCCACAUGAACCUCAAGCGCGACGGGGCCAACAGCUCCGCUGCCCCGGCCACAGAGCCCAGUUCCGCCUCCCAGGGCACGGCCACGACCGGUGCCGAACCGACGACCAGCUCGACCGUCGAGAGUGAACCCACCACCUCUGACGCUCCGCCCCCGCCCUCCUCCACCCAGGAGUCGUCCAAGGAGCCAGCCCCAACCCACGACUCAACCACCACCCACGACUCGACCACGGCCCAGGAUUCCACCACGGCCCAGGAUCCCACCACUUCGAGCAGCAGCUCCAGCUCUGAAAACGCGCCGGCCUCCACCACCGCUCACCACUCCACCACCGCCGACACCACCAAGACCACCAAGACCUCCCACUCCAACGGUCCCUCCACCGCGGCUCCCACCACCACCUCGGAGUCUACCUCGGAGACUACCUCCUCCUCCGAGGAAACCCCCUACACCUCCACCUUCAAGAGCACCACCACCCUGCCCAACGGCGAGCAGACCACCGUCACCGCCGUCACCGUCGUCCAUCCCACCCAGAACCGCGCCGCGGCCACCACUGGCCCGGCACCUGGCUUGCAGACGGGCGAUUCGGCAGCUGGGCGGGUGGAUUUCCAUCCUGAGCUGUUUUUGAUGGGUGCUGCUGCGGUGGCCAUGGUGUUGUAA